AUGCGGAGUUCAGCAGCGGGCAAAUCGCCUGCUGAAGCUUUGACUCCUAAUAUGCUCAGACGUCCCAGUCUGAUCACGGCCGGUGACACUGGACAUGCUCUGCCAAUGUCAGAUGACAAAAAGUUGAGACGAAAUCUUCCGCCCAAGCGCUCAUUGGCGCUCGCUGCCGCCGGCAUCGUUCCUCAAAGGCGUGGCGCCGUCGAAUGGGCAGCUCAAGGCUCAAGCGAUCGGAAUGACCCAUGCUUGCGCACGCGUCGGCGUGUCACUGAGACAGACGGACUCCGCGAAGGCGGCUACGAUACACCAUCAGGAGGCCCGAAAUAG